CUGUCACGUCAUCUUUAGUCGACAAACGCGGCAUUAAAACACAACACCAAUACCACAAUAACAAACUGAGAAGAAUUUGAUUGAAUAACAGUUUCAGCGCUGUCGACCAGCAGCUUCACGGGAAGAGAGUGACCGUGCGGUCCGUGCCCUCACCAGCAUGGCUUCUCGGACGCUUUAUGGGCUUGUGCUCGCCGCCGCCUCUCUGCACGCUGACAGGACGGCGGUGACGUUUAGUGGCGGUUCGGGGGCUUCCGAUGGAUCGGUGUCGUUGUUAUACAGAGAUCUGAUUCAACUUUCCGAGGAACUCUCUCGUGUUUUAGUAAAAUACUGUUCUCCAAGCAGUCUCAUCGGUUUGUACUGCAGUGAUGAUCUGCUCGUGCCUGUCUGGAUUCUGGGGAUCCUGCAGAGUGAUGCAGCCUAUGUCCCCUUGGACCCUGAGGCCCCUGGAUUCGUUGCUGCCAAAGUCAUGAGUCAAUGUGGCAUCAAAUACUGCGCAGUAACAAAUGGCCUCGUGCAGCAAUUCCAGGCAUCUCUCAUGGAAUACAUAACUAUGGAGAUCUGUGUGGAGCUGCCAAAGUUCAGAGUGACUUUGAUGCAAAUUGAGUCGCGUCCAGUUGCUAAAGGAACCGAUCAAGUCAGAGCUCAGACAGUAGACGUACCAGGAUACAAGGGUUUAGCAUAUGUGCUCCACACAUCUGGAACAACUGGUGCUCCCAAGACUGUGAGGGUCCCACACAAAUGUAUUCUUCCUAAUAUAGUGGGUCUGAGAUCUUUGUUCCAGAUAAGUGCAGGCGAUGUUUUUUUUCUUGCCUCACCUUUGACCUUUGAUCCCUCUGUGGUGGAUAUUUUCCUGGCCUUAUCAUCAGGAGCUCAGCUCCUCAUUGUCCCUAUGGUGAUGAAAAAAAUGCCCAAUCGACUUGCUCGGCUGUUGUUCAAAGAUCACAGAACAACCGUCCUCCAGGUCACUCCCACUCUGCUGAUGCGUUUUGGUCCUCGCAUCCUGCAACAGGACGUGUUGUCUUCCAGCUCCUCCGUGCGGGUGUUAGCUCUUGGUGGCGAGGCCUGCCCUCCGCCUGCUCUGCUGAGCAGCUGGAGACACGAGGACAACAAAACCUGCAUCUACAACAUCUACGGCGUCACCGAAGUCUCCUGCUGGGCCUGCUGUUACAAAAUCCCAGAGUCUCUGCUGCUGUCCAUUAACCCGCCGUCCUCGGUGCCACUUGGAGCCCCUCUGAUGGAAACAGUCGUGGAGGUGAGGGACGAACAUGGCUGUAUCGUCUCAGAGGGCGAAGGGCAGGUGUUCAUAGGUGGAGAGGACAGGGUAUGUCUGCUGGACGGCGAAGACACAGCUGUCCCUGGGACCAAGAGAGCGACCGGAGACUGGGUGACUGUUAAAGACAACCAGCUGUACUACCUGGGACGCAGGGACAGGAUAAUUAAACGUAAUGGAAAACGGCUCAACUUGGACAGCUUGCAGCAACUGAUCCUGAGUCUGCCUCAGGUGCAGGCGUGCGCUGUGGGGCUCUAUGAAGGCCUCAGACUUCUGGCCUUCGUCGUCAGCUCUGCUGCUGGGGACCAGAUGGCAGCUUCCGCCUUUCCGUCUGGUUCUGCUCAGCCAGAUGCAGACGUGACGAGCCUCAUCCUGAAGCAGCUGUCUCUGCUGCUGCCUUCUCACAGUGUUCCCGACGCACUGGUGCUCGUCCCGGAGUUAAGUCUGACUCCUCACGGUAAAGUGGACAUGGAGGCUCUGAUGAGAACAUACAGCAGACAGAGAGGCUUAAGGUUCUCACAGGCAGGUGACCUAAAGGAAACUCUUCUGACUGGGUGGCAGGAAGCAUUAGGUCUCCCUGGAGAUGUGAGCAUCGAUGAGCAGUCCAACUUCUUGUUUGCUGGAGGAGAUUCCCUGAAGGCGCUGCACCUCUGUGAGGACAUCCUCUCCUCCAUGGGCGUGUCCUCCUCAAACCUUCUGGAGAUUAUCCUUGAUGGGACCUUCUCAGAUGUGCUGCAUCAUCUAACACGGCUGGUGCCACCAGAGGAGAGCUCCACAUCCAUCGCCAAAUCCAAAAAGCGUCCUGCUAGUCCUCCCACUGGAAUUAUUGGAAAGAGGGCACACAAAUCGACUGAGCUGGAGGAGGAGGAGAAACCGGGUUUUAAAGUUGUAAGAAGAGCCAGUGAGGUGAUGGAGGUGAACACCAGGAAAGCUGACAGGACAGAAACCCUGCAGGUGUUUGGAGGGAAGGAUCUGAGCAGAUCAGCCAACAUGAGCCUAAGUCUGAGCUGGUCCUCAGACACCGGCAGAUGUGUGGAUGCCUCUCCAGUGAUUGUAUUACGAGACAGUCAGAGGUCUGAUGUGCCCAAAGCAGCGGUCCUGAUUGGCUCCCACUCCCACAGGGUGCAGGCGCUGGACCUGGUCAGCGGGAACCUUCUGUGGGAACGGGUUCUCGGGGACAGAAUCGAAGCCUCGGCCGCUGUGUCACGUUGUGGUUCCCUCGUUGUCGUGGGUUGUUACGACGGCGGCGUGUACUUCUUGUGCUCUGACUCAGGAGAAACCCGAUGGCUGUUUAAAACAGGAAACGCCGUGAAGAGCAGUCCUGCUGUGGAUCCUGUCAGCGGGCUGGUGGUGGUGGGCUCGCACGAUGGGCACGUCUACGCACUCAACCCACAGCUCCAGCUGUGUGUUUGGAAGCAUCACUGCGGUGGCGGCGCCGUGUUUUCCUCCCCACACCUCCUGGCGACCCAUAGACGACUCUACGCGGCGUCACUGGGAGGACAGCUGCUAUGUUUGGAUCUGGACAGUGGGCAUGUCGUGUGGUCUUACUGUAGAGACACUCCGUUCUUCUCUUCUCCAAACUCCUUCUGUGGACACGUUGUGAUCGGCUCAGUGGAUGGAAGCAUCUGCUGUCUCAGAGACACCGGGGAACUGCUGUGGCAGUUCCUAACAGAGGGGCCAGUCUUCUCCUCACCAUGCUUUGUACCAGAACAGCAGACGCUUCUGUGUGGAUCUCAUGAUGGCCGGCUAUACUGUCUGAAUUGUGCAGACGGGUCUUUGGUUUGGACCUUUCAGACCACAGGAAAGGUGUACUCCACUCCUUGUGUGUUUGAUGGCUUUGCUGCAGGCCAAAAGGGGGUUCUGGUGGGCGUGGCCUCCACGGACGGCACAAUUUGGAUCUUGGAUGUACGCGAUGGGCAGAUUGUGACUUCACACACUCUACCUGGGGAGGUGUUUUCCUCCCCGGUGGUGUGGGGGAACGUCCUCGUAAUCGGGUGUCGUAAUGAUUAUGUGUACGGUUUAAACUUAAAGAGUGAACCUAAAGACGUUUAGUAUGUUUCAACAUUCGUGUGCAUUUUUUAUGUAAAAAAAACUUUCUGUACAGUGAUGGUGUGUAUUUUCCCUGGCGAUAGGGGGCAGUGCAUACCAAAAUCAUUGCAAGCAAGUGGUAUUUUUGUGUUUAAGACCUUACUGACGGAAGGCCAUGAGGGUCAAAAAUCCCUGGGAGAACAACCUCCAGCAAAACAACAAGCACAUCAGACUCCCCUUCAUCCCCGGCAACGACGGAAGAGGUACAUGUGUAAAACAACAUUUAUGAAUGGGGAGUGUUUUGUAACCGUUUGUUAUAAAUGCGUACACGUGUUUUGUCCUCACGGGCGCCCAGAGACUUCGACCCACUCUCAUGUGUUUUGGAUCCUAUUUUUAUUUUUUACAAAGCCGCCAAUAUUUUACAACAACUGGACGUCAUUUAGUUCACUUUCAACAACAUUUCAAAUGAUAUUUCCAGAGAUCAACAGUACAAACAACACGUUGUCUCUUUAAAGUCGUGUGUGUGUGUGUGUGUAUGUAUAUAUGUAUAUAUGUGUGUGUGUAAAUGAACAUGUGUGUGGGUAUACAUGUUCUUAUGUGUUUUUAGGUAUUUUAUUCUCAUUUAUUGUGGUUGUUGUCUGUUUUAGAGAGCGAACAUCUACCGAAGACAAAUUCAUUGUAAAUGUAGUUUUUACUUGGUCAAUAAAUCUGAAAUCUAAA